AUGUCAGCACAUGGCUCGGCCGUCUCCUCCAAUAGCAGCGGGGUUGCAUCUGACAGCGAUGCAGAACAAGAGGGCUUGCAGGCCUUCACCGUUUCUUCUUCAUCCUCCUCCUCAAGCGGGCAUGUCCCACACGAGGAGACUGACGAUGAUGUCAUUUUGCAGGACAAUCUUGCACGGUACUGUUUGGAAAACUUUGAGGCGGGUGUCAAGGAUCAUACCCUCGAGCAGUUGCACUUGCCUGACGAGUGGAUUGAGGAGAUCAAAAUCACCUGGCACGACUUUAUCGAGAAGGCUGGCUCCAGGCAGGCAGCUGGAGAAGCAGUCUGGGAUGCAAUUAUGGAGCUCUCGCCUGGCAUUCGGAAAGCCUUCAGCUUUGCUCGGCAAGUGUUUGCCAUGCGUUUCAUCAACGGCACAAGCAGCAUCAUCACGGAUUGUGGUGAGCCGCGGACUUUAAAGGACAAGGCCGAGAGGCUUGCCUUCCAGCAUAUUGAUACUGUCGACCGUGACUAUGUAGAGACCUUCAGCAAUGGUAUAGCAGUGGCCAUGGAUGGUAUACUGGGCCGCCGCUUCUCGCAGCUCUCCUACCAAAGCUUUCGGGUUCUCUGGAACUACAUCGGCGGGGUUUUCUUGUACGUGAAACGCGAGUACGGCGGCAGAGUCAAGCGAAUCAUCAAAAGUUGGCAGGUCACGAACAAGAACGUGGGCAAGGAUCCUGCAACGGAGAGCGUUGGCAAGGAUCUUCCUGCAGCUUCAACGCAAAGUGAGGAGGCACCUGGGUCCCGGGAAGCGAAAAGCCAGAAGAGGAUACAGACUCCAGAGACCUUCAAGGACAUGUUCAUGUUUAAUGCUUCAAUCAUGGGCUUUACAGACUCGGAGUGGAUGAGCUCUACUCUGGAUGCCCUUGGAGCUAUGGCCACCAACGCCGACAAGCCCUACCGAGUACAGGAAGAGUGCCACGUCUUGGCCUUGGUUCUUUGCCGGAAGUACUUGAAAGGAAAGCAAAAGCUCUCCUUGGCCCCUUUCAAGGCGGUUCUGCGACUUGGACCGAACAUUCAACUCAACCCACGCCCUGCGAUGGGAUCAGAAGCCUAA